UCGCACUAAUAUGGAAGAGUGAUAAAGAGAGAUAACUACGCUACGCUACGGAGCGUGAUCGAUUGGCAUUUGUCUACGUACUAUUCGCCGAUUCUUAUCGGUAAAAGCCCUCGAGAAAUGCCUCAACAUUGCUAAUUAAAUUUUAUGGCAGUAUUGUGAUUCAAAAAAGCGGUACGCCUUUAUUCAAAUCCAUGUUCUGAACCUACUGCACUUUAAACGAGAUAAAUUAGUUAAAUAACGCACACAUUUCUCACACUGAUCACUUUAUUCCCUCUUGCACGGCUAGUGCCACACAUGAAGACACAUCUGUACCCCUAGUGGGUACUGGUCCGUGUUACAAUUAUAAUUCAUUUUCCUGGAUACUUUUCAAAGAGGUCCAGGGCUCACUAGCCUCUACUCAGAGCUCUUCUAUCUAAAACGUCCAGUUCCAAGUCUGUGCACCCAACUGUAAGAGUUUACGGACGAAACAAGUUGAAGAUGUGUGCAGGGUGCGUCGUGAUUAGCGUGUUGCUCGCGCUGUGUAUAACUGCUGAUGGCGGUCGCUGGGACCUUGAGACCCUGGCUACACCAGCUGAUCUACUGUCUCCACAAGAAACGUCGCCCAGCAAGCCAGAAGACGAUCUGUGCCAACGCCGGCCGCUGACCAUCAAAUUCGCAGACCUCGGAUGGAGCGACUCGAUAAUCGCUCCAGACGACUACGAGGCUGGCUACUGUUCCGGCGACUGCCUCCCUGGAGCACUCCCGAACUCGACCAGCCACGCCAUCGUACAGGCACUUGUGAAUAAACUUCAGGACGUUGUGCCGAAGCCGUGCUGCGUGCCAACCGAGCUUGAGCCAGUCCUGUUGUUAUAUUAUAACGAGGAAAACGAUGUGUUGCUUAGAAGGUAUACUAAUAUGAAGGUUAAGAGUUGCGGUUGCCGAUGAACUACUAAAAUACAUACACAUUACGUUCUUUACAUCGGAGAUGUUUAGAGUUUGGGAGAUUAAGGGGCGCUCUUUUGGUUUUUUUUUGGUAUUUAGCGAUAUUAAAUGACUGUAUGUAUAUUUAAUUUUGAGUACCAACACAAAAGUAGGUGCGUUUAGCUUGAAAGUUUGCGAUUAUCAAAUUACUCCGUUUACCUUACGUACAUCAUUGCCGGUUUUGCGGGAAUGUUGAAUCAAUAAAAGCAAUAUUUUAACAGUAGGUGUGUGCUUCCAAUUUUAUUAAUAAUUACAAUAGAGUGUAGGGUAAAAAUAA